AUGCAGAGAGCCUCAAUAUUCUGUACCAAAAUGAUUUGGAUUUCUAUGGCCUUGUUAAGAGCAUACGCAAAGAAUGUAAGAGAAGGAUGUGAAAUAAAUGCUGCAUUUUUAGCCUAUGAAAAAGUACAAUCUCAUUUACAAGAACAAGAAGAUGUGUGUAUUCAACAACUUGGACGUAGAGAGGAUGAAAGGAGGUCUACAACUGGAUCGAGGGACGAAGGAAGUCUACGAGGACGAGAAGGAGACAUUUAG